UGCUCAUGAAACAUCCAACACUUUACAUGUUGCGUUUAUAUUUUUGUUUUUUGUUGUUACUAUCAGUUUUAGGAACAUUUACCCAAAAUAUGACAUCAGCGAUAAUCAAAAUGUUGAAAAUCUGUGAAUGUCUAAAUAAGAAAUUGGUCGAGCGGGGAGAUGUUACUGAUGUGCUUUGUAACUUCGACGUAAAAACAAGUUUUGGACUUCCACACAAAAUUACUUCUUUAGUUAUUUUAUGUUUAAGGAAGUGUGUAGGUCACAUUCUGUAUCAUACAGCUAUGAAAGUUAUAUAUUUAGAACCACCUGCUGAUUGGGAUCCAGCGACGUCUGUGUCUUCAGUGUCCUAGAACUGUCCAGGUUUUUGUGUUCUGACUUUUAAAACAGGAUGAAUAAAAUAAGUAAUGUAAACAUAUCAGUAAUUACCAGGAAGCUCUACAUUUGUUUUAAAAUCACACUAAGAUUUUUAAAACUGGCCUCGGGUUAUUGAGAGAUCUGAUUUAGGAUUUACCCUCGUAGCAAGGUUGUUUUAUCAUGUGGUUUCAUUCGGGUCUCUAUUUAAAAAUAACACUGUCUUUGGCAGGAGAAAGGCCAGACUCGGAGGAACCAGAGCCAGGGACGUCCAAACUAGCAAGACGACACCACUGCUCCCACUGUGGAAAGUGUUUCAACCAGAGAGUAAACAUGAAACAACAUGAGAGAAUACACACGAGAGAGAAGCCUUACCACUGCUCCCAGUGUGGAAAGAGUUUUGUCCGUUCGGGGGAGCUGAAAAUACAUGAGAGAAUACACACAGGAGAGAAGCCUUACCACUGCUCCCAGUGUGGAAAGAGUUUCAGCCGGAAAGCAUGCCUGAACCAACACGAGAGAAUACACACAGGAGAGAAGCCUUACCACUGCUCCCAAUGUGGAAAGUGUUUCAAUAGGAGAGGACACCUGAAAAAACAUGAGAGAAUACACACAGGAGAGAAGCCUUACCACUGCUCCCAAUGUGGAAAGUGUUUCGUCCGUUCGGUGGAGCUGAAACAACACGAGAGAAUACACACGGGAGAGAAGCCUUACCACUGCUCCCAGUGUGGAAAGAGUUUCAGCCGAAAUGCAUUCCUGAACCAACACGAGAGAAUCCACACAGGAGAGAAGCCUUACCACUGCUCCCAGUGUGGAAAGCGUUUCGGCCGGAAAGCAUGCCUGAACCAACACGAGAGAUUACACACAGGAGAGAAGCCUUACCACUCCUCCCAGGGUGCAAAGCUUUUGCCCAUUUAGGAAGCCUGAAAGAACACAUUAGACUACACACAGAGGAGAAGGCUUGGAAAAGCUCAGACUGUGGGAAAACAUAUUACUCAUAACAGUGAUUUAAACGUCAUUAGAGAAUCCACACAGGAGAGAGAUAUUACUUAUCUUAGCGUGUAUGUUGAUAUUUCACAUCACAUUGACUUAAAAUUCAUCAGAGAACAUACACAGUGCUCCCGUUGUCUUAUAUUGUUGACUGACAAUGUGUUUACCUGUCUUUACCAUAUGCAAUUAAAUGGUACAGGGUAUACUCAAACAUAUAUUUGUUUGUUUUUAUUAGAAAACAUGAAGUGAAUAUGGAGUCUGUCAGUUUGAAUAUAAAGGAGAUCAGGUUCCUUGUUUUAAAUUGUCCUUUUUUUAAACUCUGUGUGUUUAUCUGGGUGUGUCAUUCCUCCAGCACUACAGAUAAUCAAGUGAUAUUUGGAUGUGAUGCAUUAGUUCCAUUGUUGACAUUUGCAUUGUUGGCCCACUGCUGAUUUAAUGAAAUGAAAAUGUUCAGACUCUGUAAUGGAAAAUGUUAAUUGUUUGUGUGUCCACAUAACUGAGUAUGUGACUAACCUUGUGAAAUGUAUUAUAAGCUCCUGUUCUUGGGAGUAUCAUCCUGUGUUGCAAACCAAUUUGCACCUGUGUCCUUGUAUGAAUAAAGUCCCGCCCAGGAACAGGAAACUAUAAAGAUAUGUGCUAAUCACCCAAUGCUUCAGGAAUUCAGACUGUCUACACUGCGCUGUGUAACUCUGUUAUUCUCUCUGAGCUCAGAAAUAAAGAAUCUUGGUUUGA